AUGAACCCAGACCAACCUCCAAAGCAUAGAGCCUAUAUCAAGGCAAAUAAAGAACGUUUUUCCGCUAUUUUCCAAUUAAUGAACGAUAAAGCACCAUUGAUUCCUUCGACUGAUAUUUUUUCCAGAGUUUGUGCUAUAAGACCAUCACCAUUUGGUGAAACAGGCGACAUUGGACAGUUCAUCACUGCAUAUGAAGCAGGAUUCAAGAACAUUCUUCCAUCCAUUGUCAAAUCCCAAUUAAAAUUAUCAGAGAAAUCCGAUCUUCAUAGUUUUUAUAACUCAAAAAGAAUUAUAUUUCAACUUAAACAAACAGCUUCCAAAGUUGGUGCUAAACCUUACAAGUAUCCGAAAUACAAUACUUAUUGUUUCUGUCCUUUUUGUCCUUUCGAACCACCAACCAUGACAUACAAGCCACAUAUGAUUGAAGUUGUCAAUGAUGAUGGUACCUUAUGUCAACUUGAUUCCAAUAAAUUCUUUGGAUUUUAUGAUACUGGUUCUUCCGGACUUUGUCAUCAUUUAGCUGAUUGUCAUGGGAUUUUAAAAAGCUCAAUUAUGCCCCAACCAUUUGUUGGAUUUAGCAGAAGUUUGAGAAAAUUUAAUAAUAUGUAUGAUUUGGCAAUUAUUUGUCCUCAUCAACAUUGGGAGAAUGAUAGAUGGGUUGGUUGUAAUGAAAUUUUUGAGUUUGAUCAAAAGAAAGCUUUUGAUAAGGAUGAUCAUACUUUCAAGGCUUAUUUUAGACAUUUCCAUUCAAAGCAUGAUACCAAACCAAAUCAUGCAGUACCUUCGGUGAAUCAAUCAGUUUCAAAACCAAAUUCAAAAUCACAGAAACAUAUAGUCACACCAGAUAAUUUAUUUAUCCCUAUUCAUUUCUUAGCUCAUCAAGAAACUAUUGCUUACCAGAUGAAAAAUCAUAAGAAUAGUAGAUGGAAUGAUACAAUUGAAUAUAUGGACGAUGACGAACAAAUAAUGAAUCGUGAACUUUUGGUUCUUGAUAAUAGCUAUGAUUAUGCUUUACCAACUGACAAAGAAGAACCAUCUGUAAGUCAUAAUGCUGUUUCAAGAUCAAGAAAAUCAUCAACAUCACCAAAUUCUGAAACAAGAACUAUAAACACACUUAGAAUUACAAAGCCGAAACCAGCAAAGAAAACAAAGACUCAAAAAGCUUUGGAAUCAAGAGUUGUAUCUGAAGAUUCUACUGUGAUUCAGGGUCGCUCUGUACAAAUUCAAUCAGAUCCAGAGUUAUUGGAGGAACAGCAAAGUAUUGGAGACUUCAUUGAAGAUAUCGAUAUUCCUGAAUUUGAUAAAUUAAUGGAUGAAGCAGCCCUAAAUUUUGAAAAAUCAAGAGCUGAUAGUCAAACGAACACUUCAUCAAAUGAUUCAACUCCAAGAACUACUAAUGUGACUCCUACAUUUUCAAGCUCAGGUAGUGCAUCUGCAUCAACUACACCAGAAGUUGAAAUCUCAGGUAACGUUGAUAAGAACACAGUUUUUAAGCCAGUGGAAGUCCCCAACUCAAAUGACACACCAGUUAACUUUGAAGAAAUGAUUCUUGAUAAUAUUGCAAAGUUUCAAGCUACAGGAUUUGAUUAUUUUGAAGAUAAUUCAAAUGAAUGGUUGGAGAAUAUGUUAUCAGACCGUUGA